CAGACGGGCGCCCGAACCUCCUGUCGCCGCUCACAGCCUGUUGCUUAUUCAUUCAGAGUGGGAACGCGCCAGCCCAGCAGCCGCCAGCGCGCGGCUGGCCAUGUAAGGCCCCCAGGCGGUCCUGCUUGACCCGUGCACCACCGAGAGCCUCGUGCAGCCCGGGCACCGCCCCGGCCCUGCCCUGCCCUGCCCCCUUGGCCUCGAAAUGGUGUCAUCGGAGGAGCCGUCCCGCUCGGGACCAGGCCAGCAUGGACAAAGCUAGAGCUGGGGCAGGCAAGGAGCCGUCCUGUCCUCGAGGCCGUGGGAAGAGCACAGCGCACAGGGGCGCACUCCAGAGAGCCUGUCGGUGCCCGGGGCCUCUGCAGAGGGGCCACCAUGGCUCUGGGCCGCGCCGGCUGGCGGCUGAGGGCGCUGGUGUGGGGCGUGUGGCUGUGCGUCCUGGUGCGCGGGCCGCAGGCUCAGCAGCCCGGGCAGGGCUCGGACCCGGACUCGGACCUAGGGCGCUGGAGACAGCUGAUCCAGUGGGAGAACAACGGGCAGGUGUACAGCCUGCUCAACUCGGGCUCCGAGUACGUGCCGGCUGGGCCCCGGAGCGCGCAGAGUAGCUCGCGGGUGCUGCUGGCCGGUGCGCCCCAGGCCCCUCCGCGCCGCAGCCACGGGGGUCCCCGGCGUCGCCAGGCGCCGUCGCUGCCCUUACCCGGGCGCGUGGGCUCGGACACCGUGCGUGGUCAAGCGCGCCACCCAUUCGGCUUCGGCCAGGUGCCCGACAACUGGCGCGAGGUGGCCGUCGGAGACAGCACCGGCAUGGCCCGUGCCCGCACCUCUGUCUCUCAGCAACGGCCCGGGGGCUCCGCCUCCUCGGUCUCGGCUUCGGCCUUCGCCACUACCUACCGCCAAGCGCCCUCCUUCCCACAGCAGAUCCCCUACCAACAGGCGCCCUUUGUCGCUCAGUACGAGAACUACGACCCGGCGGCGCGCACCUACGACCAGGGCUUCGUGUACUACCGGGGCGGGGGCUCCAGCGCAGCAGCUAUGGCCUCGGCCUCGGCCUCGGCGGGGGUGGUGUACCCUUUCCAGCCCCGCGCACGUUACGAGGAGUACGGCGAGGAGCAGCUGGAGUACCCGGCCCAAGGCUUCUACCCGGCCCCCGAGCGUCCCUACGCGCCGCAGCCGCAGCCGCAGCCGCAACCGCAGCCCCAGCCCCCCGACGGCCUGGAUCGCCGCUAUGCACACAGCCUGUACAGCGAGGGCACAGCGGGCGCAGAGCAGGCCUUCCCGGACCUCGCGCCCGACGCCGCACAGGGCCCGCGCCUCGGCUGGUUCCCGCCCUACGCCAACGUGCCGCCGGAGGCCUACGCCCCGCCGCGCUCCGUGGAGCCACAGCCCCCCUUCCGCUCACUCGAGCCCCCCUACCUGCCUGUGCGCAACUCAGAUGUGCCCCAGCCCGGGGCCGAUCGAAACGGGGCACAGCAGGGCCGCCUCAGCGUGGGCAGCGUGUUCCGACCCAGUCAGAACGGGCGAGGUCUCCCCGACUUGGUCCCGGACCCCAACUAUGUGCAGGCAUCCACAUACGUGCAGAGAGCCCACCUGUACUCUCUGCGCUGUGCUGCAGAGGAGAAGUGCCUCGCCAGCACAGCCUACGCCCCCGAGGCCACCGACUACGACCUGCGGGUGCUGCUGCGCUUUCCCCAGCGUGUGAAGAACCAGGGCUCGGCGGACUUCCUCCCCAACCGGCCUCGGCACACCUGGGAGUGGCACAGCUGCCACCAACAUUACCACAGCAUGGACGAGUUCAGCCACUACGACCUCCUGGACGCAGCUACAGGCAAGAAAGUGGCCGAGGGCCACAAGGCCAGCUUCUGCCUGGAGGACAGCACCUGUGACUUCGGGAACCUCAAGCGCUAUGCGUGCACCUCGCACACACAGGGCCUGAGUCCUGGCUGCUACGACACCUACAAUGCGGACAUCGACUGCCAGUGGAUUGACAUAACCGACGUGCAGCCCGGGAACUACAUCCUUAAGGUGCAUGUGAACCCCAAGUACAUCGUCUUGGAGUCCGACUUCACCAACAACGUGGUGAGGUGUAACAUCCACUACACAGGCCGCUACGUUUCCACCACAAACUGCAAAAUUGUCCAAUCCUGAUCUCUGGGAGGGACAGACAGCCACUCUCUCUCCUUCCCAGGAGGCCCUGCUCCCCAGGCAGCCUCCUGCCCAGGAGCCAGACCCCGCAAUCCACAAGCCGGGGUGCCAAGACACCAGGGGCGUCCUCCCUGCCGGCCUCAGGGAGCGAACGUGGGCCGAAACGACAGGGAUUCCGGACCCCAGGCCCCAUCCUGUACCUAACUUUUAUCUCCGACAUCAUUUUGGUGGUUGUUGGUUUUUAUUUUUUAUAUUUUGGCCAUCCCACAGAGCAAGAUUGCCUAGCUCUGGGCUAAAUAAAACCAAGUUUUUCUA